AUGGCCGCGGCCCUCGCGCUGCCACCGCCCGCCCGCCCCAUGGAGGAGACCCCGGGACCCCCCCCGAACCCGGGACACCCCCCGAACCCGGGACCCCCCCCGAACCCGGGACACCCCCUGAGCCCGGGACCCCCCCUGGCCCCGGGACCCCCCCUGAGCCCGGGACACCCUCUGGCCCCGGGACCCCCCCUGGCCCCGGGACCCCCCCUGAGCCCGGGACACCCUCUGGCCCCGGGACCCCCCCUGGCCCCGGGACCCCCCCUGAGCCCGGGACACCCUCUGGCCCCGGGACCCCCCCUGUCCCCGGGACCCUCCCUGUCCCCAGCCCUCAGCACGCAGCGCGGCGGCCGGGAGGCUGAUCCCGCCGAUCCGCCGUGGGGGCCGCGUCCGGCGCUGAGCCGGCGGCGCCGCGGUCCCGGCCGCUCCCCCCGGCCUCCCGCCGCCUCCCUGCGAGCCCUCACGUCGCCCCCCGCCCCCCGCCGCGGGCUGGGCGAGCUGUCCCGCAGCCUGGCCUGGCAGCUGGGCGGCCCCGGUACCGCCGGGCAGCGGGAGGAGGAGGAGGAGGUGACCGGCACCGAUCCCGUCCCGCAGGACAGGCUGAUCGGUGAGGGAAGCCCCUCCCGGCCCGGCAGCACCGGCCUGAAGUUCGGUCUGGUGCCGCCGGAGCUUCACGCUCGGUUGCUGGACCAGGAGGACUACAAGAACCGGACUGAAGCCGUGGAGGAGCUGAAGAGGGUGGUCGGGGGUGCCAGCCCGGCUGCCGUGACCUCCACGCCCGCCCCCGGCCUCCUGGGGCUCAUCAGCUUCCUCUACACCCUCCUGGACGACCCCAACUUCAAGGUGGUGCUGGGGGCUCUGGAGGCGAUCCACCUGCUGGCCCUGCGGCUGGGACACCAGGUCCGGACCUUCCUGGCACCGCUGGUCUCUGCCGCCGCCAAAGUGCUGGGGGACAACAAGGUGUCGGUGCGGCGGGAGUACACCCGGCUCUUCCUGCGGCUGAUGGAGGCGGCGGGGCCCCGGCAGGUGCUGGGGAUGCUGCUGCAGCCCGAGUUCCUGCGGCACAAGAACUCCAAAGUCCGAGAGGAGGUGGUCAACAUCUGCAUCGCCGCCCUCCUCGCUCACCCCGCCGAGGAGCUGGAUUUGGCCCGCUUGGCUUCUGAGCUGGCUCCGGUUCUGGUGGACGGGAAGCGCAGGGUUCGGCACGCUGCCAUGGAAGCCUUCGCCGCGCUGGCCGCUGCCAUGGGCCCGGGCAGGACCGCCCUUCUCUUCAAGGCGGUGGAUGCCGUGGAGCUUGAGGACAACGGGGACGGGGUGAUGCACGCCGUGCAGGCCAGGCUGGCCAGGAAGACCUUGCCCAAGCUGGUAGACCACGGGUUUGUGGAGUAUGCUGUGCCCCUGCCAUCCUCUGGCCAUACCAGGGGGGGGUAUUUGCCCCCAGGAGCCGAUACGGACUGGUUGCUGAUGGGCAGCAGGAGCCAGAGUGCACACAGUUACUGCGGGUGUCAGCCCAGGGAGGAUGCUCUGCACAACUCCAGCACACACGCUGCCUCUGCCGACCAAGGAGUGAGCCCCAGGAGAGUCCUGAGUGCAGGAAAAGGGAAAAGCAAACUGCCUUGGGAAAACGAGGAUGCUGCAGAGAGGGAAGGUGGUUCAGGAGUCAAGAUGCCUUUGACAAAGGGUGUGGAGCAGUUCUCUACAUCCAAUGAUUUUCUCCAUUCUCCAAAGUUAAGGCCCUCUCAAGGCGUUCCAGGCAGUGAUGAGUUAUUUUUUAGCAGAAAAAGAGCUUCAAGGAAUUUUUUUCAGAAUAGUAUAGAUUUUAACUCUGAGCGUUCUUCUCUUUGUGCUGGUGCUAUGGGCUCUCAGCCACAAAUUUCAGGGAAAUGUGGAACACUUGGAUACACGCAGCCACGCGGGAGGAGUGGCAGUGUGGACUCUGAUUUACAGCUUUUAGGAUUAAAUAACUCUCAGCAAGACAAAGUUAGUGCCAGCCUAAAUUUUUCCAGCAAGACCCAGAGAAGUUUUUGCAACCAAGCAGAGCACACGGUGUCCCUCCAGGCUCCUAAUGCAAGCCAGGGCACCUUCAUUCUGCCAUCUUACCCUCUGUCAUCACCCAGGAGCAGCCCCAAACACCUCUCCUCUCCAGCUGACUCUCCAAAGAAGUCACAGGACAGGACCAUGAGCUUCUCAAACUCCUGGCCUCUGAAAAGCUUUGAAGGACUGCUCAAGCCCAGUUCACAGAAGCAGCUUCUCAGUCAAAAGGCAGGAGACAGUGCAGGGGAGAGUCUGCAGGAGCAGCAUUCCCCUCUGCAGCUGAAGCCCACCCUGGUGAAGCACCCAGCCUCCUGCAGGGGCCUGAGCGGGGCCGUGCCCGUGCCCCCCAUCCCUCGCCCGCUGCCCGACAAGGUGGGCAGAAAGGUGGCCAAGUGGAGGAGUGAGGAGUGUGAGGAGCUGUGGCUGGAGGAGGUGGAUAAGAAGCUUGCAGCUGAGCUCUCAGAGCUACGUGUCGAUGGCGAGGAAGUGGACCAGGAAGAGAUGCAGAACUCACUUAGGUCGCUACGGAACAGCGCAGCCAAGAAGAGGGCAAAGCUCAGCAGCAACUUCUCAGACCUGGAAAGUCCUGAUUCUGCUCUUAAACUGGAUCUGUCUGGGGACUCCCUCUCCCAGGCCUCUUCCCCCAGCCUGGGCUCCUGCACUGAGAGUGGAGUUUACAGCCAGGAGUCUCGGGCUUCACCUGUGUCCACAGCCCCCAGGAGGAGGAGGAGAACGUCUGACACCUUCCCACUGCUGGGCAGUAAAUCACAGCCUGCAAAAGUCUCUUCAGCAAGAAGGAGAGACCCAAAUGUGGAAGAACAUAACUUCAGCACAGGUCUUGCAGAGUCAACAUCCAGUUUUCCACAGCUGAACAACCUGGAUUUCCUUUCACCAAGUGUCCUGUCUGAAGAUGCAGUUGUUAUUGUUGGUAAAGGUGUUUUUGGCAGCCCUCCUCCUGCACAGUCACACAGCCAGUCCCUGAGGUGUGCAGGCACAGGAGAGGAGCAGGCUGAGCCAGCAGCAGGGAGAAGCCUCCAGCAGAGCAGCCUGGCUCAUUUCCAGGCUGAAAAUGAAAGAGAGAUAAAAGUUGCCAUGUCAAAAUCUGCCCAGGAGAAGGUGAGGAGGAGGAAGAAGGAAGAACACAAUCAUAGAGGACAUCAGGAAGUCAGAGACCUGGCAGAAGAGGAGGAAAACCAUUGGGAGAGACUUAAAGUGAAUGAACCAGAGAAAAUGACCACAGAAACAUUAAAUCUCUGUGGGGAUAUAUCAACAUCAUCAAGAAAUGUAUCUCUGUCAUUAGAAAGCGUGGCCUUGACUCCUUCAUUAAAAAGAACAUCCAGUUUGAAGAAGACAAAAUAUUCAGCCUUGCUUGAUUCUGAUGAAGUCUCUCUCGGGACACGAGGGCACUACAAGGACCGCACCCCCUCAGUCACACACAGCCCCGAAGCCAUGGACCCAUCCGAGCUGCAGCCCCUGCCCAAACCAGAGCUGGCUCUGACAGAGGCCUUGGUGCUUUUAGCUGAUGAUGACUGGGAGAAGAAAAUCGAAGGUCUGAACUUUGUUAGGUGUUUGUCUGCCUACCAUGCAACCAUUCUGACUGCAAAGCUGCAUGAAACCAGUCUGGCUGUGGCACAAGAGGUCAAGAAUUUACGCUCAGGUGUUUCUCGAGCUGCUGUGGUCUGUUUAGGGGAUUUGUUCACCUACCUGAAAAAGAGCAUGGAUCAAGAACUAGAUAAUACAGUAAAAGUCCUUUUGCACAAAGCUGGUGAAUCCAACACAUUUAUAAGGGAAGAGGUAGACAAAGCACUGAAGGCUAUGGCUAAUAAUGUGACUCCAGCACGUGCACUUUGUUCUCUUAUAAAUGGAGGGCAAAGCCACCUGCACUCAGCAGUGAGGAGAUGCACAGCCCAGCACCUCGCAGACAUCCUGGAGCGGAUGGGGCCGGAGCGGGCUCUGUCUGGACCCAAAGCUGUGGCUGAGAGGCUGUUCCCUGCCAUAGCCAGAUUUGCACAGGACAGCUCCCAGCAAACGAGGUAUUAUGGUCGGAAGAUGCUCUUCAGCAUGAUGGCUCACCCUGACUUUGAGAAAACACUAGAGAAGUAUGUGCCGACCAAGGAUCUGCCUUACAUUAAGGAAUGUGUUUGCAAUCUGCACGAAAAGGGUUUGGGGGAGAUGCCAUUGGAUACACCCUCAGCCAAAGGAAGACGUUCCCAUACUGGGAAUGUUGGACAUUCGAGGUCAUCAUCAACUUCCAGAGAUGCUCUCAACAUCACUGACAGAGAGACAACAGAAACCCGUGAAGUCACAAGAAGAGCAGCUCCCCGUGGCUCACUGGAAAGCGAGGAACAUGUGAAGGACAUGAUAGGUUUAUUGAACGGAAAAGACUUCCGGGACCGGAUCACUGGCAUUAAGCAGCUGUUAGCAGACACAGAGAACAAUCAAGGCUUUGUUGUUGCCAACAUUGUGAAGAUCUUUGAUGCUUUCAAGUCUCGUCUGCAUGAUUCAAACAGUAAAGUCACUCAGGUUGCUUUGGAGACGAUGCACAAGAUGAUUCCUUUGCUGAAAGACAAUUUAUCACCUGUGAUCAACAUGUUAAUUCCUGCCAUGGUCGACAACAACCUCAAUUCCAAAAAUCCAGGGAUUUAUGCAGCUGCUACAAAUGUUAUUCAGGCUCUAUGUCAACACUUAGACAACUAUUUGCUCCUCCAGCCAUUCUGCACAAAAGCCCAGUUUCUGAACGGAAAAGCAAAACAAGACAUGACAGAAAAGCUUGCUGACCUCGUCACAGAGUUAUACCCACGGAAGCCUUGCGCCGUGGAGCAGAAAGUUCUGGUUGUCCUUUGGCACCUCCUGGGAAACAUGACCAACAGCGGCUCCUUGCCCGGAGCCGGAGGGAACAUCCGGACAGCCACAGCCAAACUAUCCAAAGCACUUUAUGCCCAGAUGGGACCCAGCCUCCUCAGUCACGCUGCAUCCCAGCCACCACACAUCAAGAAGACUUUAGAAGAAUUCCUGGAGAUCAACACCUAAAAAUGACUCCGUGCCUGCGUGGAACCUCAGCUGAGGGGCUGUGACUGAGGGAUGGUGGCUGAGGGGCUGUGGCAGAGGGGCUGUUGACUGAGAGGCUAUGACAGAGGGAUGGUGGCAGAGGGGCUGU